AUGGUAUCAUACCUCACCAUAAGCCUACAGCAAUGGAGCCAGUCAGACUAUGUACUGAAACCAGGAGGCCCCAACCCGCUAUCCACCCAUCCCUUCCGGUGCUGGGUGCCGGCGCCCUGCUCCCCCAGGGCGGCAGGGGGCGCCUCAGGCCCAGGCGCCGCCCCCGGGGACCCCCGCAGCUCCCAUUUGGGGGAGGGGGGGACGGGGGUCCGCGAAGCGCGGGAAUCCAAGCAGAAGGAGGAGGCUCUCGAUGGCCAGCCACCGAGAACGUUAGCGGAAGGUCUCAGCCGCCGUGUCCGAGAGGAGGCCGGAGGCCGGACCCCACGUGCGGCGGAGGAGGAAGAAGGAAGGAAGGCCGCAGGAGGGUUUUCCCUCUGUUCUGUUUCCAAAAAGAAAGACUUACAAUCAGUGUGUGGACAACCUGUAUUUUCAAGCCGCAUCAUCGGUGGCCAGGAUGCUGCUAUCAGACGCUGGUCUUGGCAAGUCAGCCUUCAUUUGGACAGGGCCCCCAUCUGCGGAGGGUCCCUCAUCAGUAAGAACUGGAUACUGACCGCCGCACACUGCCUACCAAAGACCUCAGCUUAUUCAUACAGUGUUUGGCUGGGAUCCCUUAAAGCAGACGCCUCAAAUAAAGGCAAGGUAUACUAUGUGUCCCGAAUCGUCCUCCACCCCAAAUACGAUGGUUCAAACGCAGACAUUGCCUUGCUCAGACUGUCCUCCCAAGUCACCUUCUCUGCGGACAUCCUACCCAUCUGCCUGCCCAGUACCUCAAAGCGGCUGAAGAUCCCAGCUUCUUGUUGGGUGACUGGAUGGGGACUAGUUAAGGAGAAUGCAGGUGAUAAUUACCCUCAUACCCUGCAGGAAGCUGAAGUACCUGUCUUUACCCACCAGGAGUGUGAACAACUCUAUAAUCCAGUCGGCGUCUUUCUGCUGGCAUUGGAGUCAGUCAUCAAGGAAGACAUGAUUUGUGCUGGUGAUAUUAUAAACAAGAAGGAUAGUUGUAAGGGUGACUCUGGAGGGCCGCUGUCCUGUCAUAUUGGUGGCAUUUGGAUUCAAAUAGGAGUGGUCAGCUGGGGAGUGCAAUGUGGUCAAAGGCUUCCUGGGGUCUAUACCAGUGUGAUCUACUAUCAAAAAUGGAUUAAUCAGGCUGGGAAGGUGGCUCAGCGGUAGAGCACUUGCCUUGCAUGCUCGAGGCCCUGGGUG